AUGGGCCAAGAGGGAAGACGAGUUGGAGGAGGUCGCUUCUUGCUGUCGAAGAUGCUGGGAAGCGGGUCCUUCGGCCAGAUCUACAUUGCCAAGGACUCGGAACAGGGCGAUCGCGAUGUGGCCCUCAAGCUUGAGGUCAAGGACACGAAGCACCCGCAGCUGAUCUACGAGGCCAAGCUGCUCAAGCUGCUUCAGGGAUCGCCUGGUGUUGCAGAGAUUUUCUAUUUUGGCUUUGAAGAAGACUUCGCAGUCAUGGCUAUGGAAUUGAUGGGGCCAUCGCUAGAAGAUGUCUUCAACCUUUGCAAGCGCAAGCUGUCUCUGAAGUCCACGCUGAUGUUGGCUGACCAGCUGCUUCUUCGGAUCGAGCAUUUUCACAACCGCCACUAUAUACACCGCGACAUAAAACCAGACAAUUUCUUGAUUGGGCGGGGGCAGAAGUCAAACCUUGUGUACAUAAUCGACUUCGGACUGGCCAAGAAGUACAGAAACCCAGAGACUCUGGUCCACGGGCCAUACCGUGAAAACAAGAACUUGACGGGCACUGCCCGUUAUGCUUCACUGAAUGCGCACCUGGGCAUCGAGCAGAGUCGUCGCGACGAUCUGGAAGCCAUCGGCUUUGUUUUGCUCUACUUCCUCAAAGGCUCCUUGCCCUG